AUGGCUAAGAAGAAGCCCAAGAAAGAUGAAAAGGAGGAUGAAAACUCUGACACCCAAUCUAAUGUGGUAAUUAAAGAAGUCAGAAGAAAUGGUAGGAAUGUAGCUCCAACUAUUGAUAAAUUGGUCCAUGGGAUAAAACAAUAUGGAGGUUUAGAUAGUGUUGGGAGAAAUGAACUACAUGGAAUAAUUGCAUCAGAUUUAAAAAAUCUCAUUGAAGGGAGAUGGAAAACUGCCUUGGCAAUUGAGAAGGAACACAAAAUAAAGGCACUCAUGCAAGUGCAACAUGAAUUGGAUUAUAAUCAAGCAAAUUUAGUGGUUGAAGAAUGUGAAGCUGAGGAGGAAAUAGAAAAAGAAGUGAAACAAGGACAAGAUAUAGUUGUUCAAGAAAAUAGCAAAGGAAAAGACAAGGAAACCAUUGAUGGGUUUGAUGAAUUUAUAGUUGAAGAUAUCAUAGGUGAUGUUAUUUCAGAUAUUCCUAAUCUAACAAAGGAUGCAGAGAUGUCGGUUGAAAAAAAAUCAAUUGUUGAAACUAUUGAUAUUGAUGAUACACUGGAAACUGAGAAAAAGAAAGCUAAACUCCCAACCUCGACCAACUUUGAGGUAGAAGCUGAAGAAGAAGAAGAAGAAACAAAGGAGGAAGAAGGGGAAGACUCAGUAAUUGAUAUCAAUAAGAUGACCCCCAAACAGUUAAUAAAAGUUUCUAAAAAUUUGAGAAUUCAAGCUAAAAAGGACAAACUUAAAGCAAAGAAAAAGAAGGCAAGAAUUCUUAAUACUGCAAAGACAAUCUUAUCUGAUCUCAUUCAUGAUAUUGUUGUUGAUGAGAAUGUACCUAUCAUCGAUCAAUUGGGCACUCUUGUCAAAGCAAUCGGCUCAGAGGCAACUGAUCUGGAGAAGGUUGUAGCAAGGCAGUAUGAAACCAAAAGAGUGAGAAAUUAA